CGAAUUCAAUUUUACAUGUUUUCCUUGCUCAAAGAAAAUGUUGGGGCAUUUUGCUAAUAAAGUUGCUAAAUUGCUAAACCUAAUCAAGUAAAAUUAGAGCAUUUUUUUAACUGACGUGGCACAGCAUCAUCAUGUGGGCGUGGCUUAGUAUUGUCAACAUCCUGGUGACAUAAGUGGAGUCUCCAAAAUGGCGACGGUUGAUCAGAGAGAAGCAGGUCAGGACGACCCGGAGAGCGAAGAUGAGGUAUAUGAGGUUGUGGAUCUUACAGAGUACGCCCGGAGGCACCAGUGGUGGAGCAGGGUGUUUGGAAGCAACUCCGGCCCGAUUGCUGAGAAGUAUUCCGUGGCUACUCAGCUCAUGAUGGGAGGGGUGACUGGAUGGUGUGCUGGCUACGUCUUCCAGAGAGUGGGGAAGAUCGCAGCUACUGCUAUUGGUGGAGGGUUCCUGCUUUUACAGAUCGCCAAUCACAGCGGUUACGUGCAGGUGGACUGGAAGAAGGUGGAGAAGGAUGUAAACAAAGCGAAGAAGCACCUGAAGAAGAAGGCAAACAAAGCAGCCCCUGAAAUAAACACAUUCAUUGAGGAGGUAAAGGCUACAGACUUUAUAAAGAGGAACAUCGUUCUUUCCAGUGGAUUUGUUGGCGGUUUCUUUCUUGGAUUAGCCUCCUAAAGCUGGAAUCAUCUACUGUGAAUCUCAUCACUACAUGGGUCACUUUUCUCUCUACUGUUUACCACUUUGCCCCAUGUCUCGUUUGAUUCAUCACUUAAUUAACUGAUGGGUGGGGAUCAUGCAUGAUCUGUUGUGACUGUGUUAUUAACUGUGUAACUGGUCCAAGUCAGCUGCUUGCAUUUGGGUGGGUUUAGUAGAGAUUUGGGGUUCUUGAACCGUACUGUGACUUAUUUUUUCCUGCGGGACCCCUCAUGGAUCUUUUUCCAGGCUGCUGGAAAUGUUAAGCUAUGACACGUUCUUUGCUUUUUCAGUCUAAAUUCCUCCAGGGGCUUUUCUUUUCAGAAGCAAGUCAGGGAGCCUGAGCUGUUUAUGUACACACCAGAGUACAUGCUGUAUAAACACGAAAAGCAGGAAGUUGUUGCCAAAUUUCCAACUAAUUUCUAGAGGGACUUUAGAUGUAGCUGUGAGAUUUGCAGGGUUGGCAUGCCUUUUAAAGCAUGAGUUCAUCACGCUGACAGAGGGACGGGAAUGAAGUCUUUUCACCUCUCAGAGCAGGAGAGCAUGAACAGGUUGCUUUUAACUUUAAAUAUCCUCUGUUCUUCAGAUGAUCUAGUAUUGAAUAAAAUCUUUUAUUCCCACAGCUCCACAAUGCUCUUUAAUGACAGGACGACCAUCUGCCGUACCGUAAUUAGCAUCAUCACAGGCUAUACACCAAGAGUCCGAUCAUUCAGGAGCAUAAUGGAGCAGCAGAAGCAGCGCUGUUGUCUGAUAGUGUCAGUGUAGCCAUAACAAAGCUGCAUCAUUACUGUAAUUGUCCAGAUCCUCUCAUGGGUCACUUCUUUUUAUUUUUGCCUUCUUCUACCAGUGCAAUAUGCUGAUUAUUUUUCAGAAUAGAAGCUUUACUUGUGUUUUGUUUUUCAUUAAUGAACUGUAGUUGUGUUUCCAGCUGCUGAUGUGUUUUUUAUUAUGUUCUUUGUUUCUGUUUAACAUGCUUUUGAUAACCCUGUUUGAGCUGUAAACAUUUGGUUCGUGUUUCCUUUGGAACAAAGUUGUCUGAAUUUAAUUUAAGUGAGAAUAAAACUUUUUAAAA